AUGAAGUUCCUCAUCUCCAUCGCCCUCUUCAUCGUCUCUGCAUUUGCCCAGCGUGCCAUGAUCGGACUCCCCACCGCAGGCCAAAAAAUCCACUCCGGCAAGGACGUCGUCGUUCAAGUCCAACGUCCCAACUCCCUAACCCCUUCCAAGGAAAUGGGCGUCGCAAUCGGUAUUACCUCAUGUGCUUCCUCGCCGUGCAGAGACGCAGAUGAGGUCCUCGGAACAAUCCUUUACAGUGGCCCUUUCAAGCCCGUGUACCAUGAGAGCAGCCAGCCCCCUUAUGAGAACUUCACUGUCAGGGUGCCGUCGUCGGCUGCUGCCGGCAAGAGUCAGAUCAAUGUUGCUCAUGCGGCUCUGGUUGGUGCUGGUCCUUUUGCAUUUUUGGAAUCUCUCAACCAGACUGUCUUCGUUGUCUAG